AAGACGGCGUUAGGACCAUGGCGUGUCUUCUGACACAGGAGGGCGUAUGCCGGUUGAAAGUGGACGGCAUAUAGGCUGCCAUCGGUGAGGCAUUGAAUGGGUUUCUGGCAGCGGCAAGCGCAAUGCAAGAUAGGGGCCGCGGUUGAGUUGGAGCGCAAUUGAAGGCGGAAAUUAUUUGAAUAUCACUCGUUCGUCUGUCUUGCCUUUACGUCUGCUUUGCAAAGAAACAAGAAGAGAGACCAUGUCGGUGUUAGCCCUGCAAGAGUACGAAUUUGAGAGACAGUUCAAUGAAGACGAAGCCAUCCGGUGGAUGCAGGAGAACUGGAAAAAGUCCUUCCUGUUCUCUGCACUCUACGCUGCAUGCAUCCUGGGCGGUCGACAUGUGAUGAAGCAGCGUGAGAAGUUUGAACUGCGGAAACCACUGGUGAUUUGGUCCCUCACGCUUGCCGUCUUCAGUAUAUUUGGUGCUGUGCGGACUGGGAGUUACAUGACAUACAUUCUGAUGACCAAGGGCCUGAAGCAGUCUGUGUGUGACCAGAGCUUCUACAACGGACCAGUCAGCAAGUUCUGGGCCUACGCCUUUGUCCUCAGCAAGGCUCCUGAACUGGGCGAUACUCUGUUCAUCGUCUUGCGGAAACAGAAGCUGAUCUUCCUGCAUUGGUACCACCACAUCACUGUGCUGCUCUACUCCUGGUACUCCUACAAGGACAUGGUGGCCGGCGGGGGCUGGUUCAUGACCAUGAACUACCUGGUGCACGCGGUCAUGUACUCCUACUACGCGCUGCGGGCGGCCGGCUUCAAGGUGUCCCGCAAGUUCGCCAUGUUCAUCACGCUGACGCAGAUCACCCAGAUGGUGAUGGGCUGCGUGGUCAACUACCUGGUCUACUCCUGGAUGCAGCAGGGCCAGGAGUGUCCCUCGCACAUGCACAACAUCGUCUGGUCCUCGCUCAUGUACCUCAGCUACUUUGUCCUCUUCUGCCAGUUCUUCUUCGAGGCCUACAUUGGCAGCAAGACCAAGAGCCGCGCCAGCAGUGCCGGCGCCCACGCCAACCACGCCAAGGCGACCCACGCCAACGCCACCCAUGCAACCAUCACCGCCGCUGCUACUAGCUUCAAGAAGACCCAGUGAAGAGCGCAAAAACGCAAACUACAAACAUAAAGAUUUGACGGGAGGGGGAGAGAAGCAGGGAAAUUGAAAGGCUUGGGGUACAGAGGGAGUAAAAAAGCAGCUUUGGGAAUGAGAUGGAGGUGAAGGGAUGGGAUGCAGAGACAGGAAUAUUUCAGUAGACUGGAGGAGGAGAGGAGCGUGAGAUGAAGGACUGGAAGAAGAAAAAGAAGGAGGAGAAGAGACACGGGGGAGGGGGAAUGCAAGGAAGGGGUGUUGAUGGGAUUUGCUAUUGGAGCUUUGUGCGCACUACUAACGCAUAGAGGUCAACCUCCCCACCUCGCCGGCGGGUAAACGAGGGGCAGGGCGGGAGGGGGGAGGAGUGACUAAACAACGCUGCACUGAGGAAUCAUUACUAUGGCAACAGACAGUGUCUUUUUGUGAUGUUCAUGUGCCCAAGACGAUUCUCUAUUGUCUUUAUUUUUGUUUUUAUUUGUUUUUUUUAAAGAAACACACAAAUAAAUGAAUGGUAGGAACAUUAAAAAGGGAACUGAAGAGUGGAAGGUCAGUGUGAUGACUGGAAAUACUAAAGGAGAUGCACAGGCAUCUUAGGGAAAUUAAAGUAUAGGGAAAGAUGGGGUCAUCAUCUUAAGUGAGUCCAUCAGUUUUUUUUUUCAUUUUCUGUGUCUGCGACAUCCAACGUGGUAAAUGUCAUGUUGUUUUUUAUUGUUAUUUAAUUUGUUUGUUUGAUAGAUGCUAGUAUGUGUGUUAGCUUUGUACAAUAGUGAGACUGUGGCCAAUCACAGUAAAACCAGGAGAUUGGGGGGCGGGGCGGGGGGGCUUUCUGUUUUCUGCGUCACUACACCCAGUUCUCUCAGGUCUUACAUUCUCCUCCGUUCAAAGUACAUAUCACGGCUGAGAAACAAUAUGUACGUAACAAAAACCAACAAAAACAAGCAUAAUUAUGUUACUGGUGAGUUUGGCUGAUAUUGUUAACAUCAUUAAAAAUGAAAUGGGGAGGGCAAAAACAAGAUGCACUGGGAAGACCUUGUACAAACAGAGCACAUCUGCAACAACAAAAUGGCCGUGUGACCUUUUUUCCCGUAGCAAAGACUCUUCUUCCUGGAUGCUUCCUUAGAGACGAGUUACAUUCACGCAGCUUUGGUGUUGAUGCUGGCUCUGUUCAUCACUGACAAGAGGGAACAGACAAACAGAGAAUCCCUCUCACAGCCAGCCAGCCAGCCAGCCCUCCCAGACAAAACAAGAAGAAGUUAAACAAAACAUGAAGCUAAUGGAGCUAAAAAAUAUACAUUAAAUAAAAAAAGAAACAAAAAAACGAUGCGAUGGUGGUCCACAUCACUGUAACUCACAUCUGCGUAAUCCCCACUGUCAUUGAAUGGUGUCUCUUGUGCUAUCGUGCGUUUGCACUGUAAACGUGGAAAGCAUCAGUAGUCUAUUUUAACAAGAACCAGGUGUAUUAAAGAAAAAAGAAAAA